UAAUAUUGUGCUUGAAGUAUUGUUUCUCAGUGAAAUAUGGCUUGAAAUCAAGAGUGAACCCAGAACAUUGUAAGGGUUUGAUACAGCACUGCCAGUCAUCAAAUGAAGAAAUUAUUUAACUCGUUUGGAAGAGUUGCAGAUACGCAGCUCCAGUAUGGUCUGAACAUCCAGAAUGGAACAAGUUUGUAUGUGACACAAGGAAAUUCUUCCAGUCAUGUUACUUUGGAUGUCACUCUAUCUGUCUGUCGUGAUUUUACCACAGUAUGAAUUUAUGAAUUGUGAUUCCACAGAAUAUCCUAAUGAUGAUUACACAAGGAAACGUUGUAAGCCACACGAAGGCCCAGCAGCCAAGGGGUUUUGUGCGGUGUAUCCCACGUUGUAUGUGAAAGAUUUGGAAGCUGGCAUAGUAGUGGCGGAGUUCAACGUACUAAGCAGAUCCUGCAAUGUAAGCAGUUAUGAAUUCAGAUUUGAAGUGGAUGAGAACUUGAAUGAGACAAAUUGUAGAAGUAAAUUUUUCAAAGGCAUUGAGCAUUCAGCAAAGAGAGUUGUUUUAAUCACACAUGAUGAAACAGUUCAAAGUUGUGGAAAAAUUCAGAAUGUGACAUUUGAGUAUGUUUACGAAGGCUGCUACAGAUUGAGUUAUAUUCAUGAAGUAGAUAAUACACUUGUACGGAAGUUCAUAAUUCAGUACAUGAGAACUACUUACAAAAAGGAGGAGUCGCCUUGUGAUGAGACCUACAUCACCCCCAAUUAUGUUAAACGGAAUUCAAUAGAUAUUUUAAUGACCAACUUCUCUAAGUUUGACGUCAUAUAUUCAACAGUUACGAAGCCUGAAGGCAGUUUCGCAUGUGAUGACAAAACUGACUUGAAGCGGUUCAUGUGGGUAAUGACUUAUGAUUCAAAAGAAACAUUUAUGUGCAAAAUGAAUGAAAAAAAGCACAACGAAGAAAUAAAGUGUACAGAGCAUGGUCAUAAUAUAGAAUGCACUAUUCACAACAUUGCUCCUGGAAAUUAUUGCUACUAUGUUAUUAUGCCCUAUGUGUACUGUAAUCCUCUCAGCAAUAAACGUGGUUUGUAUCAGAAGUUUAAUGUACCUGAAGAACCAGUACUUGGAAAAGCACAAGAAGCGACACCUGACAACACCAUAAUACUGGUAGUUGUUUUCUUAUUCUUGGUGGCUGUGGGUUUCAUUGUUGUAAUUGUCAUCUGGAAGGGGAAAACCAGAUCUCUUCACGAAAUAUACUUUCACGUGGAAGAAUGUCCUCCUUUACCUCGAAAAUCAAAAAUUCUUCUUCUGUAUUGUCGUGACUGUGAACAUUUUAUGGAAAUGAUGAUCACAUUGAGAGAGAUGUUGAAAGAAAUGACAGAAUGUGAGGUGUAUGACUGUUUUGACCCUGUUCUUGGCGAAGAAGUCGGGCGGAGUAAGAUAGACUGGAUUCGAAGACAUGUAUCAUCUGAUGAAGUUAAUAUUGUGGUAGUUGAGAGUUCAGUCGCCGUCAUGCAUCAGCAAGCUCUCCUUCGUCAUUCUAAAGUUUGCUACAGAGAACCCACAUGGCUAGAUGAACUGUUCUUAUAUGGUCUGAAGUCGCUAACAGAUGACGUAAAGAGAAAUACGUAUCAACAUGUAUUUGUUGUACGUAUUGACGGUUUCACUGGAGAAAAGGAUUUCUUGAAGUAUUUGCCGCCGUACAGGAGAUAUGUCGUACCGCAACACUUGCGCUUGUUGAGAGAUGAUUUGUGUCUACAAAGUAAGUUGAAUAUUGUUCCUUGCCUUGAUAGAACUGAUGGAAACUUGCAGAAAUUUGAGCAGGAAAUUAAGAACCUCACAAACUACAAAAAGCAAGAUCCAGACUAUUUGGAUGAGCUUAUAUUGAGUGCGAUAUAGAAUUCCAUAAAGAAGCUGAACGUCAAGGACGAGGAUUUCAGCCUCAUUCUGCAUUAAGUUACUGGGUGUCUGCGUUGUCUUCACAAUAUAGAUAGUUCUGAGUUGGUACAAAUGAACGUUGAUCUGUUUCUGUUAUUACGUUGAUUAAUACAGGAGUCAAGUCAAAUUUGGUUAGUGGGACCAGAUAUAAUUUAAUUGUUUCAAAUGAAGGACUUCGCCGUCGUUAAUGAACAAGAAAGGUAUGGAUUGAACGACGUGCUGGUUCUCGGAUAUUUCUGAUUCAUGGGCUGGUAAAAGAGCGGUGGGUUUUUGUAAGGGCUCGGUGUUAAUGAAGUGAACAUAAACGCGCAGAAAAUAAUUACAGAAAAUCAAGAAGCUACAAAUUUUACAGGGAGUAUGGCUGAAAUUCUAAGACGAGUUUCGUUACUGUACGGUUUGGAUUUUGUUUUUAUUUCUUUGCAGUCUGUAGUACUGUGUAUUAUUCAGUAUUAAUAUCAUUAAUCAUGUUCAUGUUUGUUGUGAAACAUAAUCUUUUGACAUGCCAUUAUUUCUUUCCUUCUUUGCAUUUAAUUUAAAUUUAAAUGUAGAAACAUAUUUAAAGUCGAUGCAAAAUAUCCGGAUGGAUCCAUUUGGGUGACGUUCGCUUGUAUGAGGUGUUUUCAUAAGUGAUAAUUUUGACUGAAAGCAAUUUUAUAUUUUUAAUUUAAACUUUAUACCACAAGCAACUCGAUUUUAAGGCCAUUCUUCUUUAUUACGCCGUCUCCUCUGCAGGAGGUUGGCGACAUGUUAUGAACAG